AUGGUUAGAAUUCAAUUUCUCAGAGUCCUCGGGGCUUGCACCCUUCUGCAGGCCUUUACCAGCCUGGUCUCAGACGUCGACGGUCUUGCCACUCCACGAAAGGAGGAAUCGCCUUCUAUCUUCUAUUCAAGGGGAGAAUUUGGCUCUCAUCAUUCUUUGCUCAAUGAAGCAACCGAAGAAAGUAUUGACGACGCGCGCGAAGUUGUCCGAAUUGCCAUAGAUACAAUGACAAAGCUCAACAAAGCCCGCCUCGACAACCCAAUUCAUGAUACGCACAGGCUGCAUUCAGGUGCAAACCUUACCCGAAGAAAUGAUCGUGGUUAUCCUCCUCUACUUCAGAUUACCGAAGAAGUCGCGCAUGCUGCAGCUCUUGUCGCAGAGGCAGAUACGGCAAGCAAAUUGGCUGCUGGAUCCGCUACACUGGCCACUCGAGCAGAAGGGACGUUCUGGAUGAAGGACAUCAGACGCCAGGGAACUGUUCCUUGGGGUGAUGAUGCACAGUAUAAAGUCUUCCGAAAUGUCGUUGAUGACUACCAUGCUGAUCCAACUGGAGCAACGGAUUCCACUGCCGCCAUCCAAGCCGCCAUCAACGACGGUAACCGUUGCGGCGCAGGAUGCAACGGAUCAACCAGAAAAAAUGCUAUCGCAAACGAUUGGCCGACCAUCAAAGCAGCGAGCAGUUUCGUAGGCCUGGGAGUACUCUCAACUAACAAGUAUGUGGGUGGUACUGGGCCUGAUGGCGGUGAUGCCGAAUACUAUGUCAACACCGCACGGUUCUACAGCCAAAUUCGCAACAUCCGUAUCGAUAUCACAUCCACGGACCCAAAUGCGUAUGUCUGUGCCAUCCACUACCAGAUAGCACAAGCUACUAGUCUGCAGGAAGUGGAGUUAAUUGCUACGACUGGGACCACACAACAAGGGAUAUUCUCAGAGAAUGGAAGUGGGGGCAUCAUGUCCGACAUCACAUUUCGGGGUGGUAAUUUUGGCUUCUAUGGUGGAAACCAACAGUUUAGUGCUUAUCGAAUGACCUUUAUUGGCUGUUCGACGGCCGUUCAAAUUAUCUGGGAUUGGGCCUGGGUCUGGAAAUCCCUCCACAUCCAAGGUGCUGAUGUUGGAUUUCGUCUUAUCAAUAGCGAUGGUGGCGGCAAUAUUGGUUCUGUGUCCUUCGUUGACUCCAUAUUCGCUGAUGUGACUACCGCCAUAAUCUUAGCACCCGCAUCUGCAACUCCUGGUUCUGGUACCACCGGUUUGAUCUUGGAUAAUACUAGGAUCGAUGGACCCAUCGUGGAUACUGCUGGUACGACGUAUUUGGGGGCCGGAUAUUAUGACAAUUGGGUCCUCGGCGCUACAUACACAGGUGGGACACGAUCUUGGACAUCAGGGGCUUCUCUUUCAUAUCCUCGAGAAGAAUCACUACUCGGGAAGAGGGUUUCUGGCCUAAAUGAUCUGCCAUAUUUCGAGCGAAAGAAAAACCAGUACGCAGAUAGGUCCAUCGGUGAUUUUGUCCAGCUUAAAUCCCUCGGUGCCAGAGGUGAUGGUGUCACGGAUGAUACGGCUGCCAUCCAACGCGCAUUUAACGACUACGGGGAUGGAAACAAAAUUAUAUUCGUGGAUGCUGGCACUUAUAUACUGACUGAUACAGUGGUACUUCCUAAAGACGCUAAAAUUCAUGGAGAAGCAUGGUCACAAUUUGCUGCUUUUGGGAACUCGUUCUCCGAUGCAAGUAACCCACGGGUGAUGCUCCAGAUCGGUAAUAGAGGGGAUGUCGGUACUGUAGAAAUGCAGGACUUAAUUUUAACGACGAAAGGUGGCACGGCCGGGGUGGUAUUGAUGCAGUGGAAUGUUAAAGCAGCUAGCCCAGGGUCUGCUGCACUAUGGGAUGUUCAUGUUCGCAUUGGGGGUGCUACUGGAACUUCUCUAACUCCACAAGAAUGUCCCGCCUUGACAGGUGGAACGAAUCCGGCAUCUUGCCAGGCGGCAAGUCUCAUGCUUCACCUUACGCCGGAGGCCUCAGGAUAUUUUGAAAAUAUGUGGCUCUGGGUGGCUGACCACAUGAUAGAGUUUACCAUCAACAGUGACCCUGACCUCGAUGAUGCUUACAAUAAUAUGGCUCAGGUUAGUGUAUAUGUCGCCCGUGGAAUGUUGAUCGAAAGUACCUCUGCUACUUGGCUCUAUGGCACAUCCUCAGAGCACAGCGUCUUCUAUCAAUACAAUUUCCACCGCGCCCGUAAUAUCUUCACCACCAUAAUUCAAACAGAACCACCCUACUACCAGCCCAACCCUAGACCACCAGCACCAUUUAAUAACCAAGUCGGUCUUUAUGAUUCGGAUCCAGCUUAUAGCUGCAGCGGUGGAAGUUUCAACGGCUGCGACGAGGCCUGGGCAGUCAUCAUCACGGAGAGCCAAAAUAUCAACAUUGGCAGCGCGGGUACAUACUCCUGGUUUAGCUCUUACACUCAAGACUGCAUCGACCGUCAUGCUUGCCAGGAGACCUUGUGGCGCCUGGACAACAAUUACGAUAAUGUCCGUUUACAGCAUAUUAUCGCUAUUGGAGCGAAGUAUAUUUUGGUGUCUGAUGGUCAGGGGAUUUUGUCUACUGAUAACCUGGGAGUCACGACUCAUCCAGCGUGGGCUCAGGUAUCAAUAUUCGAUGUCCCCUCUCGUGGCCAAGCACCGCUGAAUGUCUCUUCUCGGCUGCUUUAA